AUGUCGCACCUCAUCAAGGCAAUCACCUCAGAUCAUGAUCUGAUCGAACUCGCGAAAAAAAUUGGAGUCCAUCUGGAUGAUAUCUAUGAAUCGAAUGAAAUAACAAAGCCGCUCCCGAAGAAAGGGUCAUAUCUGGUUCUACUACGACCACCUAAUCUCGAUGUAGGACACUGGACGGCUUACGGGGUCGGUAAAUACAACCCCAAGCAGUACCAAGGUACGUAUGGAGAUUACUGUGGUCCAUUCUGUUUGCUUUGGCUCUAUUCCAAGCAAUAUAAUAAACCGCAAGUACUUUCAAAGAUGGAAGAUUUAAAUUUAACUAUUCUUUAUGAUAUUCCUGGUCCCAAGCUGACCAAAGCUUUCAAAACUGGUAAGCUCAGUCUUACAGCUGACCAACUCAAAGGUAGUGGUUCUGUUAUCCAUCUUCACCCUGCUUCAUAUGAGAAAGCACUCAAGGCUCGCAAGGCAGGUCGCGGCGUUCGUCUCGACAUCACCAGACACGAAGUCAAGAAAGGAUACAAGAGGGCUCAAGGCGGAUCAAUCUGGUCCAAGGUAUGGGGAGGCAUUAAAUCGGCGUUCAAGUUUGCUAAGGACUCAGGUCUAUUGUCUCGCGCAGCCGAUGUUGCUGUCCCCGCGCUCGCAAGUGCGCUUGGGGCUCCACAAGGAGCUACCCCAGCAAGAGCAGCCAUCCGAUCCAUGACUGGUAUCGGUGUUUAUGAUUCUGAUAGCGAUAAGGAAGGAGGACGACUAACCAUGACAGAUGUUAAGAAAGGAGCAAAGCGUGCGCUUUCGUAUGCUAAACGCAAAGGCGUUCUGACUGACGUCGUCGAUUCUGGAGAGAAGUACCUUCUAGCUAAGGCAACCAAACCUGAGCAUGAGAACCUAAUUAAGUCUAUCCGGGGCGAGGUCCGUCGUCGGUAUGGAGUAGGUGUCGCUAAACCAAAGGGUAAGAAAUUUGCAAAGGGUUCGCAAGCAGCUAAGGAUCACAUAGCUAAGAUUCGCGCUAUGCGUAAGUCUGGUGGUUCAUUUAGAUUAUAA